UAACUAGACAUGUCAAUUACGAACAAAUUCUUAUGACAAAUUAGUGUGACUAAACAAAUUAACACAAUAAGCAUACAUACGAACAUGCUUGAUAAAUGGCAUUCAUCCGUCCCUCCAUGUUAAGACUGUUGUAAUCUCGUCCCCAGGCUCAAUUGCUACAGUAUACAGGUUGUUGUGGAGAGACGGCGACGGUUGGUGGACCGCUGUCACGACAAAUGCGCGGAGAGAUUCAGCGCGUGAAUUUGGCACGCAGUCGACGGUGCCAAGUAGAAUCAGACCUCUGGCUAGGAGUACAAUACGGCUUUGGAACUGAAGCUCCAGUCAAACUCUGCACUUCAACCUCACUGCCAACUGAAGCUCUGAGCUUUCAGAACGACUAUUCAUUCCGGGACAAGACUGCGCUGGUAAGGAGUGCUACUGAUCUCGACGCAAAUCUUCUGGCAGUCCUUCCCAAAGUUUCAGAAUUAAAGAAACAUUUUGAAAGUGUUGUCUCUAUUGAUUUGGAAAUGAACAGCAGGAAGGAGAGGAUAGCAAGGCGUCUAGAGGGUAUAGAGAGUGACGUUCCUCCUGCCCUGACGCCCAGCUGUGCCGGCCUGGUGGUCAACCGUAUCCUGGAGGAGGACUUGCCACGAUACACCCGGGCCUCAGACCCCUGUGAGCCAAUCAUGGUGAAACGUUACAGCAGAGAAGACAUGGAGAUCCCACUGAUGCAGGUGUCCUCCCCAGACAGACGGUCCAGGGCCAGACCGGAGGACCAGCCUGGACCAGCCGCCCAGCCCCACACGGAGCCUGUCCUAUCCCUCCCUGGCGGCCCAGGGGACCCAGUCAGCUCCAAGGCUGAACGGAUCGCCCGCUACAAAGCCGAGCGCCGUCGCCAACUCUCUGAGCGUUACGGCGUCGUCCUGGAUCAGGAGAUCAACAUGGACUACUCCCCCCGUUACUCGCGCUCACGUAGAGAGUCUGACGUCUCCGACAAAGGGGCCCCAGCAGUCACCGAGCGUAGGAGAGAGAGAGAGGAGGUGGAGGAGGGAAGAGAAGGAGGGAGGGAGAGUUCUCGCAGGGCUCCCUACAGCUCCAGACUGGGCCGGGUCUUCAUGCAGGCUCACCCUGCUGAGGCUGACCAAGCUCCUGCCCCAGGCCACGGUUCUGCCCAUACCCAGGCCCCUCCGCCCACCCUGGCCCCUCCGCCCACCCUGGCCCCUCCGCCCACCCUGGCCCCUCCGCCCAUCCGGGCCACCACCUUCUCAGAGCGGGAGAGUAUGAUAAAUCUGGAGAACUAUCGGCUGGCCCAGGAGAGGACAAUGGCAGGAGGGCCCAGAGGAGCCAGCAGUAGGCCACAGGAUACCCUCAAUACCCAACCCCAGCAGACCCUUCCCCAGGCCAGCCCUCUGGACCAGCAUCUCAGUCCCCCUUCAUCCAGGGCCUCAUCCAGGGAGUCUUACAGAGUGGAUGCCGUCCCCAGCUCCCCCCUGACAGCCCGCCGAGCCUCCCUGCCCUACGGCAUCUCACCCGGGGACCUGUUCAUCGAACAGCAGGCUCAGGCUGUCCUCAGCAGACAUGGGUCUCAUCUGACUCCAAUGGAGUUACAGAACCCAGAAGCUGACGAAGACAAGCUUGAUGAGAGAGCUAAGAUGAGUGUGGCUGCUAAGAGGUCCCUUUUUAGGGAGCUAGAGAGGAUCACAGGUAGCGUUCCCAGACCACGGUCCCGUGAGAGGCGUCUGUUACGAGUCCAAGACCGCUCGCACACACAGCCUAUCCCCAACAAGGAAGUGGACAUCGCUCACACUGGUCCUGCUAUGUCCUCACAAACGGUGAUGGUCCACUCCACAGUAGCACCUCUCCCCAGUCCCACUGUAGUCAGCACCAUCACAACCAGCUUGCAGGAGGCGUCACAGCACGGCUCCAGGGUGCGGAGCAUGGGGGAGCAGGAGAGGGAGGCCCAGUCAAGGCAGGCAGGAGAAGGACCAGGGCCUGAGAGGAUGAUGGAGGACCUGGAUCCAGAUGAGCCUGACCUCUCCACUCUCAGCCUGGUGGAGAAGAUGGCCCUGUUCAACCAGCUGUCCACGCAGCCCUCCAAGCCUGCCACUAAGGGGUCUGGGGCCUCCAGGGUGGACACCCGCCAGCGUAGGGCAAACUCCCGCUUCCAGACCCAGCCCAUCACCCAGGGAGAGGUGGCUCAGCUGCAGAAUGGAGACAGGGUCAAGCUAGAGCCGCUAUCCGUUUCCUUGGUCCGCUCCGUGGCAUCCGUCAGCUCACAGCUCUCGGUUGCCACAGUAACCACGGUGAACUCCUGCAAGGGUGACCACUUGGGGAAAUCUACGGCCGUCCCCUACAACCCCCCUGCCCCCACCACUACCACCCUGGACAGAGGAGGGGUGAGGUACUUCAGCCUGACCCAAGGUGAAGACUCCUCCAGUGUCCCUGAACCAGAUGUGUAUUCCCUGUCAGAGCAGCAGCAGGCUCACAGCAGAGCAGACAGAGGAAGGGCUCCCGGAGCCGGUCGCUCGUUCACUGGCUACAGAGAGGAAGAGGAGGAGGAUGUAUCGGGAGGAGGGACCAGAGAGGAGCGGGAGAGCCGUAGUGGUCCUGGAGGCAGGGAGAGCAGAGACAGCAGGCAGCAGCGGUAUCAUCCCACAGCCCCUGAGCACCAGCCCCAGAGCACCACAGCCCCAGAGCCCCAGCUACCUCAGGCUCAGCAGCGGCACGCCAGCGGUAGCCACGAAAGGGACACGGAUCACACCAGUGUGUCAUUGAGAACUGCCACAACAGUGGUGUCAUCCAGGAGUGUCUCUCACAGCGCCAGAGUCCAGCAGCAGCAGAUUCAGUCUUUCACCCAGCUUCCUCAGACUCUGCCCAAACCUUACACCCAACAACCCCCACAAACUCCACCUCAGCCCCAUCCCCAGCCUUACGCUCAUCCACCUCAGCCCCAUCCCCAGCCUUACGCUCAUCCACCUCAGCCCCAGCCUUACUCUCAUCCACCUCAGCCCCAUCCCCAGCCUUACACUCAUGCACCUCAUCCCCAGCCUUACUCUCAUCCACCUCAUCCCCAGCCUUACUCUCAUCCACCUCAUCCCCAGCCUUACUCUCAUCCACCUCAUCCCCAGCCUUACUCUCAUCCACCUCAUCCCCAGCCUUACUCUCAUCCACCUCAGCCCCAUCCCCAGCCUUACGCUCAGCCCCAUCCCCAGCCUUACGCUCAGCCCCAUCCACCUCAGCCCCAUCCCCAGCCUUACGCUCAUCCACCUCAGCCCCAUCCCCAGCCUUACGCUCAUCCACCUCAGCCCCAGCCUUACGCUCAUCCACCUCAGCCCCAUCCCUUCACCCAGGCACUUUCAGCCCAGGCCAAGCCCCAGGAAAGAGAGAAGCGAUUCACCCAGCCAUUACCCAAGCCCUACUCUCAGAUAACCCCUCAUACUCAACCCAACGCCCAGUCCUUCUCCCAGCCUCCUCCUCCCCAGACCACUCCUCAGACCCUACCCGAGCCCACGUCCUUCCCCCAGUCCCUGGUCAAGUCCAGGUCCCUGCCUCUGGACAGCAGUGACGUCUUCGCAGGACACAGUGUGUCCGACCUCCUCUUCCCCACCGAGACAGAGCCCUCAGAGAUGUCCACCAAGCAGAUGUCCAUCAAGGAAAGGCUGGCCCUGUUGAAGAAGAGUGGCGACGAGGACUGGAGGAACAGGAUGAAUAAGAAAAAGGAAGUGGUGAAGGUUUCUGUGACUGAGAGACACUCCACAGUACAGGGAUGGGAGGCAGCACAGACCUACAAGAAGAAGGAGGAAAGGAUGGUUAUUGAUGGUUUUGCUGCUGUCACUGUGUCUGAACAGUUGUGGAGGAUGGGAAAGGAGAUGGAGAUCCAGGCUCAGAUGUCCAUAGAGGAGAGGAAGCAGAUCUCUUCAAGGGACGAGGCCUGGGAGUCGACAGGAAAGGGCGUGGCCAACAACUCUACCCAGUACACUGCGACCGAACACAUGGUCAAGAAAGGUCUGACAGCCUCUUCCUCAGCCAUCAGCCCUAUCCUGUCUCCCGUCUCCACCAAACUCAAGAGCAGUGUGACUGGGUACAAACCUCUGGAGGAAAUCGAAGCCAGACCAGAGAUGAACUUGGAGUCGGAUAAGAAGCUGGAUAAAUUGGAGACCUUUUUGGGACGUCUGAACAGUAGAGUGGCAGAUCUUCAGGAGACCACUCUGACAGUGACCGAGAAGGCUGUGAAGGAGGUGAUGAGGAUGGACGAUGAGAUCUUCUCCAAGUUCUACAGUCACGUGGCUGAUUUCCCACGCAUGCCCAGCAGGAUCGAGAUCGACGAUGACUUUGAUGCCAUCUUUGGCACUCCGGCACCAAAGUUGACCUCCGCCUUAGCGCAGCACAAACGGGCUGUGAGACCGUCUAGGAACGUCCAGUCGUCUAAGAACCCUCUGAAGAUGCUGGCGGCCAGGGAGGACAUCAGACACGAGUACACUGAGCAGAGACUCAACAUCGGCCUCAUAGAGAGCAAGAGGAUGAGGGAUGAGAAGUUGAAUACUAGUACUCAGAUGUACUCGGAUGCGGCCCUGGCUGGGCUGCCCAGUAAGGAGAACUCAAACAACGUGAGUCUGAGGAGCGUCAACAUCUCCGAGCAGAUGUCUAACAACAGCGCUGUGCCCUACAAGAACCUCAUGUUGAUUCAGGUCAAAGGCCGCCGUCACGUUCAGACCAGACUAGUGGAGCCCAGAGCCUCAGCCCUGAACAGUGGAGACUGUUUCCUGUUGGUUACUCCUCAGCACUGUUUUGUCUGGAUGGGAGAGUUUGCUAACGUUAUAGAGAAAGCCAAAGCCUCUGAGCUGGCCACGUGUAUCCAGACUAAGAGGGACCUGGGCUGCAGAGCGAGCCAGAUCCAGACCAUCGAGGAGGGGGUCAACCCCCAGAACCAUGCAGCCACAGAGUUCUGGAAGACCCUGAGAGGGCAGCAGACCUACCAGUCCGCGGGGCCACUGGAGGAAGAUGAGCUGUUUGAAGGUGCCAUCGUGGAGACAAACUGCAUCUUCCGUCUGCUGGAGGAUAAACUGGUUCCUGAUGAUGAUCAGUGGGGGAAGGUUCCACACAGCACACUAUUGCAAUCCAAAGAGGUGCUGGUGUUUGACUUUGGCAGUGAGGUGUAUGUGUGGCACGGUAAGGAGGUGACUCUGGCCCAGAGGAAAGUAGCCUUCCAGCUGGCCAAACACCUGUGGAACGGAACCUUUGACUACACCUGCUGUGACAUCAAUCCUCUGGACCCUGGAGGAUGUAACGCACGCAUACCCUGGAAGGGCCAGGGGCGUCCUGAUUGGGCCAUAUUCGGCAGGCUGACACAGCACAAUGAGACAAUCCUGUUCAAGGAGAAGUUUCUGGACUGGACAGACACUAAGAAACCACAACCAAAGAAUAGCAACCUACAAGUCACUGAGCAGAAGGAUUUGCCAGGGUGCGUGUGCAGGCCGUAUGAUGCAGCGUUGAUGCUUCCUGUACUCCAGACAGCUGUCAGCACGGUGUUGGAUGGGAUGAACGUUGGCCGAGGCCACGGCUCUGUGGAAGGAGAGGACAGGAUGAGGACUCUAGAGAUCAGCACAGUGUCUGUAGAUGUCUGGCACAUCCUGGAGUUUGACUACAGCCGGCUGCCCCAGCGGAGUAUAGGCCAGUUCCACGAGGGAGACGCGUACGUCGUGAAGUGGAAGUACACGGUGAGCGCAGCAGUUGGCAGGAGGCAGAACCCGGAGCUGAGGACCUCCGACCCGGUGAAAGAACAGGGCUGCUACUUCUUCUGGCAGGGACGGAACUCCACCGUGAGAGAGAAAGGAACGUCAGCCCUGACGACAGUGGAGCUGGAGGAGGAGAGAGGGGCCCAGGUCCAGGUACAGCAGGGGAAGGAGCCUCCUUGUUUCCUGCAGUGUUUCAACGGGGGGAUGAUUAUACACUGUGGGAAGAGAGAGGAGGAAGAGGAGAACAUACAGACUGAGUGGCGUCUGUACUGCGUGCGAGGGGAGGUCCCUGUAGAGGGACACCUACUGGAGGUGGUCAGUCACUGCAGCAGCCUUCGCUCCAGGAGCUCCAUGAUCCUCCUCAACGUCAACAAGGCCCUCAUUUACCUGUGGCACGGCUGCAAGGCCCAGCAACACACACGGCUGGUGGGCCUCAACGCAGCUCAGAGGAUCAAAGAACAAUGUCCGUUGGAGGCGGGGCUCCACAGCAGCAGUAAGGUGACCAUUACAGAGUGUGACGAGGGAUCAGAGCCCACGGGAUUCUGGGAUGCUGUAGGGAUUAAAGACCGGAAAGCCUACGAUUGUAUGCUGCAAGAUCCGGGUAAAUUCAACUUCACCCCUCGGCUGUUCAAGCUGAGCAGUUCUUCAGGACAGUUUGUGGCUACAGAGUUCUACCACCCCUCCAGAGCUCCAGACAUGGUCAGCUCUCUGCCCUUCCUACAGGAGGACCUGUACCGCGCCUCCCAGCCUGCUCUGUUCCUGGUGGAUAACUUCCAUGAGGUGUACCUGUGGCAGGGCUGGUGGCCCCAGGACAGCGAGAACCCCAGCUCCACCAGGAUAAGAUGGGACAUGGACAGGAAGUGUGCCAUGGAAACGGUGCUGCAGUACUGCAUGGAGAAUAAUGAGAAGACGUCUCAGAAGUCGUAUCUGAUCCAUGCUGGUCUGGAGCCUCUCACCUUCACCAACGUGUUCCCAAGCUGGGAGCACAGAGAGGACAUUGCAGAGAUCACUGAGAGGGAGGUGGAGGUGUGUAACCAGAUCAUCCUGGUGGAAGAUGUGCUGGCCAGGCUGUGCCAGAACACCUAUCCCCUGGCUGAGCUGUUGGCACGCCCACUUCCUGAAGGCGUCGACCCCCUCCGCCUGGAGCUCUACCUAUCAGACCAGGACUUUGAGAAGGCGUUGGACACGAAGAGAGAGGAGUACGAAGGAUUACCAGGGUGGAAGCAAGUCAACUUAAAGAAGGCUAAAGGACUGUUUUAGUGUAAGUUAACCUGACGAUGUUUGUGGAGAGAAGAAGAAAUUCAACGUCUCUUGGAGGACAGUGGAAGUUGAUAAAAUACUUCUUUAUUGUUAAGACCAACCUGUUUCAUCAGGUUGGUUGUGGAGAGAAGAGGACACAGAGACCGAUGUAGGCCACCAGGCGGUGUCACCCAUUCAGCCCUUCCCAGCGGUGUGACUGAACACCGCUGGCAGCACUUUAAAUCGGAGGAUGUGAUCAUCGUUUGGGUGGAAUGGAAUCAAUGGAACCGUAUCAAACACAUGGGUUUUUACAAGAGUUUGAUACAAUUUCAUUCACUCCGUUCCAGUCAUUAUUAUGAGCGUCCUCCCCUCACCAGCCUCCUCUGCUGAACACACUCUCAGGGACGAUAAGUGGGAGAAGAGGACAGAGGCUGUGUUGGGGGAUCUGCUAAGGUGUGCUAGCCUCAUGUAGCAUCAUGUUUUUAACUUUUAAUUAUGUGCUAAGCAGGAUUUUCAUUUUCAUACAUAGUUACAUUUUCUCAGUGGCUUAUCAGGAACUGUACAAGCAGGACCUGCUAUUUCUCUCUGUGUCUUUCUCUCUCCGUGUCUCUGUCUCUUUCUGUCUGUCUUUCUCUCUCUCUCUCUCUCUGUGUUUCAUACUGUACUACUGUAUAUGUAGACACUGUACUAAGUCUCCUAGAAGCACUUGCUAUGUCACCACUCCUGCCACGUGAGUUGAAGAGGACAGUCAGCAACUCUGGGAGGUCAGUGGAAGUUGUUAAAAAUGCUGCUUUAUUGUUUCAAAUAAACUUGUUUAAAACGACCCUUCAUCAGGGUUUUACACGUAGGAAAAUGAAGAUGGCCGACAGAACUAUAUACCAUGGACAUCAUCAAUGACAUCAUCGGACACACCGCUGUGGUCUCUGGCUUGGUGGUGUUUGUGAAGUCUUUCACAGAUUCAGAAAGUAUUCAUACCCCUGGACUUAUUCCACAUUUUGUUGCCUGAAUUCAACAUCUAUAAAAUAGAUAUUGUUCUCACCCAUCAACACACAAUACCUCACAAUGACAGUGAUUUCAAAUGAAAUACAGAAAUACACCCCUGAGAAUACUUUGUAGAAGCAGCGUUAUUUUUGAUU